AUGCACCUCGUGGCAACCUCCAAGCUCCUUCUCGACUGCUGGAUCGCACCGUUCGUCGUCUUCUUCCAGCGCCGCGCCCACACACAGCAGUCGUUCGCCCAAGCGGUGCUCUUCCACAUCAUGCGCCUCUGCACGUCGACGCAGAUUCCGGUGUUCCGCCGCCUCUUCAACCUCUACGGCGUACUCCAGCGUCUUCUCUACAAGCCUUUUCACAUUGUCGCGACGCCGCGUGUCAAGGGACUUUGGUACGGACAGCCCGUCAUGCACGACCACAUGAAAUCACACGCAACCAUCUUGUACAUCCACGGCGGCGCGUUUGCCGCGGGCUCGGCCGCGACGCAGUCGAACGACCUCAUCAAGCCGCUCAUCACCGCGCUCAACACGCAGGACGUGGCGGCCCGCGUCUUUAGCCUCGAGUACGACCUCGCGCCCGAGCGGCAGUUCCCGCACCAGCAGCACCAAGCCCUCGCGGCGUACGAGUGGCUGCUGGCCCAAAACUACACCAACAUCAUUGUCAUGGGCGACUCGGCCGGCGGCAACCUCGCGCUCUCGCUCUUGCAAGCCAUCGUGCGCCUCGGCCUGCCGCAAGCCGCGGGCGGUAUCCUCCUCUCGCCGUGGGUCGACCUCACCAUGUCGCACACGUCGUACGAGCGCAACGAGACGACCGACUACAUUGCCAAGUCGGGCGCACUCACGGCGCGGGCCGCGUACGUGACGGAAGACAACAUUGAGAAGGCGUCGCCCGGCUUGCAGUCGAUGGAGGGCCUCGCCCCCAUCAUGGUGGUGUAUGGUGGCGGGGAGAUCCUCGCCGACGAGAUCGCGGCCAUGGUCGACUCGGCCAAGAGCGCUAAAGUCCCCGUGCAUGAGAUCUACCACCCGACGCUCUGCCACGUGUACCCAAUGGUGCUUAGGAACUCGGACCAUGCGAACGAAGCGUUCGAGGGCAUGGCCCAGUUCAUUGCCGGAGCGACGCAGCCGGUAUCCCUCGAGAUCCAAGUCGUGCCAAGCGCGUCGACCGAGCAAGCGCCCAUCGCUUGCGCCUAAUCCU